UCUUUUUAAAGCGGGGAAAUGACGAAAAUGCGACGCAGUGUAGGAUAAACUUCCGGUCUUCUCCUUUUAUCCGUUUCCCCGUUUCCUCCAAAGCUACGACGGCGGCCGCCAGCCAGAGCGGGUCUAAUUCUUAGAUCGAAAGACGUAGAGAAGCUCCUGCUGCAAUCUUCUUGGUAGGAUCCAAAACGAUUGUUUGACGGAGUUUGGGUGCUAAAUUGAGCGACCCGGUGAUGUCUUCGGCUGUGGCAACAACCGGAGGGGGCAGCGCUGGUAAGGGGAAAGGCGUCGCGGCGUCGGAGGCGAACAAGAAGAUCGAUGCAUCGGGGAAAACAACUAUGGUUGCCAGGCCGAAAUCUGCCACGGUAGUCAAGAAGUCCGAGGUUAAAACAACAAUUGCCGCAUCCAACGCCUCCAAAACUGUGACAAAAACCAAAAUUAGAGCAAAAACCGUGAAGAAAGUGUAUUCUUUGCCCGGCCAGAAGCAUGAUCCUCCUGAAGAGAGGGAACCCUUGAGGAUAUUCUAUGAAUCUCUGUCGAAACAAAUUCCCUCAAGUGAAAUGGCACAAUUUUGGAUGAUGGAGCAUGGCUUGUUGUCUCCUGAAAGAGCUAGAAAAACAUAUGAUAAAAAGUUGAAGAGGCUGUCACAACAGAGAUUGGGUACCCCCGUUAAACCCAAGCAGGACAAAGCAGAAAGCUCCAAGAAACCCCCACCUCAAUCCAAGAAUGGAAAUGCCAAGGCCAAGAAACAAGCCGAUAGUGAUGAUGAUGAUGAUGGAGAUAAUGAUUUCAUUGUCAAACCAAAGAAGGCCAGGAUCUAACACAGACGGGUAGAUAAUCCAAUUGUAGAGUUAGACAAUGGCAUAGUUCUUGGUAGAUGAGGUGUGAUCCAGUGUCAGAAACUCAAACGAGUGAAGGGAAAUGGAGAUUGAGAUGCGUCAAUUAUGCUCGCGGCUAACAGUCUGAUCAAAAAAAAAUUGGGCAUUUUUUUAAAAUUGUAUUUCUCAAAUUUAUGUAAGAUAAUAAUGGACCUUGGUGUUUGUUGUUGAUGUGGAUCUUGUCAUACGCAUAGAAUAACACUGCCUGAAAUUUAAUUGGCCAA